AUGCAAAAUUUCUGCGAAAAUCUGCUUUUAGACACUCUCGAGAGACCCAAUUGUGACUUUAACUCGAGUCAUUGGGACUUUCCGAACGUUAUUUGGAUCCGAAACUCAGCUUCCGAGAUAUCUGUGAAAGUUUUAACGCUAUUUCCGGUCGUAAUUUUCGGAAUAAUCGCAAAUUCCGCCUUACUUUUCAUCAUUUUUCAUCAUCGAUCGAUGCGGACGUCGCCAACAAAUAUUUUAAUUGCGAAUAUGGCAACUGCUGAUCUGCUGACACUCGUGAUUUGUCCUCUGAUGUUCAUCCUGAACGACACGUAUCAAAAUUAUCAGCUUGGAACUGUUGGAUGUCGCACGGAAGGAUUUUUGCAAGGAGCUUUUUUGAUCACGAGUGUCUUGAAUUUGUGCGGCAUCAGUUACGAUCGAUUGUCAGCAAUUGUAGUCCCGUUAGUGGCAAACACUCGAAUGACGGUGAAAUCAACGAAAAUUUUCGUCGUAAUUAGUUGGAUAACUGGUUCGGGACUCGCACUACCAUUAAUUGUCUAUCGGAAUUUCGUCGUGCGCCAAUGGAAAAAUUUUACGGAGAAAUUUUGUGCGGAAAAUGUGGCGGUUUUGAGCAUUUAUUGGCAUAUCAUUAUCGCGACGCUCGUUUGGAUACCUCUGAUUGUCAUGAUAACGUCUUAUGUGGCGAUUUUUCUUAAAUUAAGUCAUUACGAGAAGCAGUUGCUGAAACGAGAGAAUCCAAUUUCCGUUUUGCACAAGAAGAAAAUAACCAAAGUGCUUUUUAUACUUUUAGUGACAUUUGUAUUUUUGCGAGUUCCGUUCACGCUUUUGAUUUUUUGGCGUCAAUUCAAGUUGCAACAUGCGACAAUUAAUCAAGCCAAUGGGUAUUUUCAGUUUUUGUGGUACAUUUCGCAUUAUCUGAUGUUUGUAAAUGCUGCCGUUAAUCCCGUCAUUUAUGGACUCAUGAAUGGAAAUUUCAAAAGAGCUUUUGCGCAAACGAGCUUUUGUGCCGGAUGGAAGAAGACAAAAUUGGAAGAUAAGCGAUUCAUAUCGACGGAAGAACGGAAGGAAGUAACUUUGGAACCACGUGACGCUUGUGUGGGAAGUAAAUUGUGA